AUGCAGCAGGACGACCACAGUGCUCGUGCAAAAGCAGCUCCUCGCGACAGAGACAGCCCGCUGUGCCUGUACCCCAGCAAGCGCUGCGAUAAUCCUCGGGUUACCAAGGCCAACGGCGAACUCCACAAAUUCUGCCAGUUCCACCGCGACAAAGCCAACUAUAACCAACGCCAACUCGAGUUCAAGAGGAUGCUACGACAAGAGCAAGCCCAAUCUGCGGGUGCACAGACGGCUUCGGUCCGCACUGCGGGGCCUCCGUUGUUGCCCAGACCCCAGAUGCCGCUCACAAAUAAUGACGGAAGUGAGUCCGAAUUCGAGCUUGACGAGGAACAUAUUCGCCUCAUUGAGGAAGUGGCAUCCGCUACUGGUGCCGAUGCCUUGCUUGGCAACCAGUGA